AUGUCCAUCGCUAGUUUACUUGGUUCCCAGCCUUUUUCUGAUCUCAAUUUCCGUGUACGACCUCCCGUCCUGAUACCUCGUCCCGAAACCGAGGAAUGGGUAGUCAAGUUAUCACAGCUCCUUUCACCAUCAAAGCUGGCCGUCUCUCGUCCGCUCUCCUUAUUGGACCUCGGAACCGGAACAGGAUGCAUACCAAUUCUCCUUUGUCAUAUAUGGGCUAAAGGCGGGGUUCGCGCACACGGAAUCGACAUCUCAUCCGACGCCGUUCAAUUGGCGAACGAGAACGCCGUAUCGUGCGGACUUUCCCCUGACCAGUUCAAUGCGGUCCGAGCAAAUUUUCUCUCACCUGAGUUUCUGAGCAGCUUGUCACAUCAUCUCGCACCUCCGUUCGACAUCGUCACAUCGAAUCCCCCUUACAUUUCUUGGGAUGAAUACCUUCGCCUUCCCGCGAGCGUGGUGAGACACGAGGAUCCGAAAGCCCUCUUUGGGGGCCCGUCUGGCUUGGAAUUCUACCGUGCCAUAGCAUGGCUCUGUUCUCGAGAAGGUUUUCUAUCUCCUAGGGCCCUUGUGGCACUUGAGAUUGGUUGCAACCAAGCUGCUGCCGUGCAGGAUAUAAUGCAGGCGGCGGGAUUUGCCACUGAAGUUUGGCGCGAUGCCUGGGGCAAGGAACGGACAAUUAUAGCUCGUCGUCCCUUCGUCUGA